AGUGCUUUGCUUUGGCUGUCGCAGGGUAUUAUAUUAUAAUCGCCGCAGUUGGUUUUAAAUGUUUUUUGAUAAUUAUUUUUGAGUUAUACAAUCAUGAUGGAGGGUUCAUUAAGCAAAUGGACAAAUGUGAUGAAAGGGUGGCAAUAUCGAUGGUUUGUUUUGGAUGAAAACGCUGGCCUAUUGUCUUACUACACGUCAAAAGAAAAAAUGACGCGGGGCGUGAGACGCGGCUGUGUGCGGCUUAGGGCGGCCGUAAUUGGCAUCGAUGAUGAGGACGACUCCACGUUCACCAUCACUGUCGACCACAAGACCUUCCACUUCCAGGCGCGCGACGGGUCGGAACGCGAGCGCUGGGUGCGCGCGCUGGAGGAGACGAUCGCGCGGCACGGGCGCCGCGAGCGCUGGUCGCGCUCCGUGCCCGCGCCCGCCCACCGCCACUGCGACCUCGAGCGCCGCGUCGCUGAAGCAGACGCCUACUUACAGAUCAUGAUCGAACUCGUCUCGAAAAUGAGCACACGCGUGUCGGAAUUGGCAGAUCCACAUGAAAAAAUCAAGGGUCAAGCUAUUUUAGAUCAUUCCAAUGUGAUGCUAGACAACAUAAAACAUUCCAUAGUGCUUCUACAGAUAGCUAAGAACACCGUGAAUCCCGUAAAUGGUGUGUAUACAGGUCCAACGAGUUCGUCUCAAAUGCAUAUCAAAGAAGGUGAGGACCUGUCUCCACGUGUGGAGCUGGGCGCGGAGUGCCGGGAGCUGGUGUCGCCGUCACUGCCGAUGACCCCCCUCGAGCAUAUUGAUGCGCCCAGGCAAGCGAUGACCCUCCUGGUCCCGGACACGUCGUACUCCUCGUCGGAGGGCGAAGACGACUUCUUCGACGCAGACGACGAACCUGCCGACUUGACGCCUCCCGGGCCCAGCGCGAGCCGCACCUGCCCAGCGGAAGGGGCGGCUGAACAAGAGACUGCCACCCCCACCACCGUUGACCUGCCGCGCACCAAUGACGGCGAGAUCGACUACGAUGCGCUGUACGAAGAUGAGUCUGACAAUGACCUGGGCUCGAUGGAGAACCACGGCUCCGUCGUUGCACAUCUGCUGUCACAAGUCAAGAUCGGCAUGGAUCUCACCAAGGUUGUGCUCCCCACAUUCAUACUAGAAAGGCGAUCGCUGCUCGAGAUGUACGCGGACUCUUUCGCGCAUCCGGACCAGUUCGUCAAAAUAGUCGACAUGCCCACGCCUAAGGAGCGAAUGGUGCAAGUGGUACGGUGGUACUUGAGCUCAUUCCACGCGGGUCGCAAAUCACAAGUCGCCAAGAAGCCCUAUAACCCCAUAUUGGGGGAAGUAUUCCGCUGUCAUUGGGACCUGGACGGCUCUAUCGACCCGCAAAAUACGUCCACCGAAAAGGAUGAGGUAGGUGACGGUCCAGUUCCGUGGUGUUCGCCGGAUCAACUGUCGUUCGUCGCGGAACAAGUGUCACACCAUCCGCCAAUCAGCGCCUUCUACGCAGAGCAUGUCAAUAAACGCAUCCAGUUCGAAGCCUGGGUGUGGACGAAAAGCAAGUUCCUCGGCUUGUCCAUUGGCGUGCACAACAUUGGGCGCGGUGUUGUCACCCUGCUGGACAUCGGGGAAGAGUACAGCGUCACGUUCCCCAAUGGAUAUGGACGUUCGAUACUCACAGUUCCGUGGAUAGAGCUCGGCGGUCAGGUGUCAAUAGAGUGUCCGCAAACGGGGCACAAGGCAAACGUUGAGUUUCUCACGAAACCGUUUUACGGGGGCAAGAAGCAUCGAGUCACUUGCGAAGUGUUCGCUGGCAGCGACAAAAAACCCUACUAUACAGCUCAGGGCGAGUGGAACUCCAGGAUGGACGGCAGGUGGACAGAGUCUGGGAAAACGGAAGUGGUGUUCGAGGUGUCGAACAUGAAGGCGCGGCGCAAGCUGGUGUCGCCUGUGUCGCGGCAGCCGGCGCACGAGUCGCGGCGCGUGUGGCGCCACGUGACCGCCGCGCUGCGCGCCGCCGACACCGACGCCGCCACCGCCGCCAAGCGCCGCCUCGAGCAGCAGCAGCGCGACGGCGCCAAGCGCCGCGCCGACGCCGGCGACAAGUGGCUCACACAGUUAUUCAGCCCGAAAGGCGAAGAGGGUUGGGAGUACAAUACACCGCUCAAGAAACGUCUAGACACAUCAAAAGGCACACCGCAACGGAAGCCUGCGAACAAUGCUGAAGGCCCCAGAUAAUAGCACUUCGACUAAUUAUGGACUUUAAAAGCUAGGUUCUAAGGUAGAAUUUCCUACGCCACAGUUUAUCUGAAUUUUUUUAUUAAACAGUCUAUGACAAUUUUGUGACGCACCAACGCUUAGAGAAGUUACGCUGUUACGGAUUUCCGCCGUAGUUUGUUUGAACUUUGGAUGGAUUAAGUGAGUUGUCUUGAGUAUGUUCAUUGAAAUGACAUUUAUGUCAAAUGUUUCAAGAUCAGUUAACAAAACUCAUUUAUUAUAAUGACCCUUAGCUUAGGACCGCUGGACUGUGUCGGUUACUCCGGUUCUACUACGGAUAUCUUCAUUACCAAUUCUAACACACAGUGAAACUCCGAGCACAGCCCUCUGCUUAACUUACUGAGCUUCCUCAUACAGGAGCUGAAGUAACAAUGAGAACCGGCAACUGAAGCGUUAUUGUAAAGUUAUCGAGUCCUCUGCUGAACAUAAGCGUUCCCCAUAAAACACUGCCCUGAACUCUCUACAUCCAUCGACUUAUUGCAUGUCUUACCAGGUUAUUACUGCAUCUAGUGGGGGGGCCAAUAGAGUACACUCCAAUUACUGAUAAUGAGCUGCCACUGGAGAACCUCUCUUCCCAGCUGUCUGUUCUUCGACAUAUAUGGCCGAUCUAUUGCCACUUGAGUUUACUGAUCCGUUGGACUACGCCAGUUACUUUGGUUCUAGUAGUAUCACCGUCACGAAUGGCUCUGUUUAUUCGGUUUAAGCACAGGAUUACCUCAGUUUAUUCAAAGGCACCGUGUUAAACUUUAAAGGUCUCUAAACUCAAUCACCACACCAUACCUAACUACGUGAGCAUACUCAAGCAACUAAGCAAUGACUCUAUAUAAUAGUUGUCUUGCAUCUGUAAAUAUGGUUAAAGUCAAAUUUCAUUCUUACUGCAAUUGCAUUAAAGUACUAAAUCGUGUGAAAAACUUAAAAAUUGUGAUGAACGUAUGUAUACGUGGGAAUUCCUUUAAGAUUGGGUUAAGUUUUAUUUGUCGACUGUCAUUAAGGCCUAUUUUUAUGAAAGUGAGCAAUAAAUUUGUAAAUAUUCCCAUCAUAUUAUAUUUUAUUUUUACGUUUCUGCAGAGCACGGGCCUCCACUCAGCCUAGGGAGGUUUUUGGUACAGAUAAGACUGGUUCUUGUUCUAGCUCCUCACUUGUUCUAGAUUAUCUAUAUUUGUAAUGUCAAAAGCAUACAGGCAUUUUGAAUCGACACACGUGGUUGACUAAUAAUAAUAUUAAGUAUUAUAAUAAACUUAAUUUCACAACCACUUUACAAUGAGACUAAAAAUUGCAACUAACAGUUUCAUUAGUUUGCUCGCGAACAAUUGCAUUUAUUGUUGUAUUAAAAAAGAUGAAGGUGAUCGGAUGGAGGAAACUGAUAAUGAAGAAAUCACUUCAAGUUUUCUUUAAGUAACUAAUUUUAGGUAAUCCACGGAGCAUAAGAUGUGAAAUGACAACAGUGUAAGAACUGAAUCAGUUCUUAAAAUUCUUGUAUUUUUAAAAGGUUUCUAAAUUAUAUAAAUUUUUUUUUAAGAUUAAAUAUGACAAACACAGUCCACCUCAUGGUAAGUGGAUUCUUUGGAUCUUCAUCAAUUAUCGAGAAUAAUCAAAAUCUCUAAUAAUAAUAAUACGUUGUCACCCCUGAGGACUGAGAUUAAAUGCCUCGUUUCCAGUAAAUAGAGUAUUCGGUUCUCUACACUCACUAUACGAAACAAAGCAACACUGAGCUGCUAUUUUACGCUGGUAUUAUGUGAGAGUGUGGUUAUUCUUAGGUCGAGCCGACCAAUUCGUGAUACGUUACAACUAUAAUAUAGCUUCAAGAAUAAAUUGCUUAUUAAAAACGCUUAAUUUCUUAAAGCCAAAACGAAGCAUAGUCAAUUAAAAACAGAUUUGUAAAUGUUUUGAGUGUGGAAAAGGAGACGGGCGAAAUCUGAAUAUUAAUCAAUAUUUUAUAUUUUAGAUUUUUUAUAGUUAAUCAUAAAAUAUUAUGCAGUUUUAUUAUGGCAUAAGAAAUUAAAUAUUUAAUCAAACUAAUGCUGACUUCCCUUAUUUUCACUUUUAAAUAUUGCCAGAUGAAAUAGAUAAGUUAAUCAAUAUCAAUAC